UUUAUGUAAUAAUAAUAUUACAUCUUAUAACAAUAUUUCUGAAUACGGACAAAAUAGAUAUUUGUAGAAAAUUUUUAAGAAAUUUGAAGAAGCUAUAUAAUAGAAAAAAAUCAAACGACUUUUCUAAACACUGUAACAAUAUAUAUUAUUGGUUAUAUUAUGAAUUAAAGGAUAAUAAUAUUUUUGAUCAAAAAUAUAUUAAGAGUAUUUCUGAUGCAAAAGGUAUGCUAUUAAAGGAUCUAAAAGAAAGCAAUGACUGUUCUAAUUUGGGUCGCUAUGAAAACAUGGAAGAAGCAGAAAAUUUUGUAAUGUUAUCUAUAUUUAAUAAUAAUAUUGAUGAUAUUCAAGAUAUUUUAAUAAAAAAAAUAACUUAUUCUGAAAUAUGUUCUUGUCAAAAAUUUAUCAACCAAUGUGUAUCUUUAUAUAAUAGUAUACAUGGGCAUUACUCUCCAGAUUGUAGGAAUACGGAGACAAAUAAAAUAUCAACAUGUCUUGCAGUAAAAUCGUUUAGAGAAGAUUAUGAGAGAAAACGUUCCAACGAAUGGAUAGAAUAUAAUUUACCAAAAUUAUCAUCUACUCCUGACUUAAAUAUAAAUAUUGAUGAAUGCAUAUCGAAGAUAAAAGCAAAAGAAUUAAAUUCUGUUCAAGGCGACCAAUUGGAUAGUUCUACGACAUCUACAGGAUCUACAACAAUAACAGAACCAGAAGGAAAAACAGUGCCUACAGCUCUUGGAACAAUAGCUGGAAUAUCAUCCGUUUUGGCGCUUUUAUAUAAAGUUAUCACAAAAUUUUAUUUAUACAUAUGUAAAAUAAUGCAUACCGAUGAUUAUGAGAUGUUCUUAUAUUAA